UCUAAACUUGUUUCUACACUCGACAAAAUACCUAAAAAAGACAGACAGGAUGUCAAUAUUCCUUUGUUUCUUCUGCUUCUUGCCCAUUUUCAUAGUUUCCUCUUUCAUCUUCUCAAAAAAACUACAAGCCUCAAAAUGGAAACUUCCUCCGAGUCCAUCGUGUUUACCAGUCAUAGGAAACUUGCAUCAUCUCAGUGGCUUGCCACAUAGGUGCAUCCACAAGCUCUGCCUCAAAUACGGAUCAGUGAUGCUUCUCCAUCUCGGGUCUUUUCCAGUGGUAGUGGUCUCCUCCAGCGAAGCAGCUGAAGAAGUGUUCAAAACAAAUGACGUGGAAUGCUCCUCUCGAUCGAAGAUGGUCGGGACCGAGAAACUCUCUUACGGUUUUAAGGACAUCACUUUUGGACAAUACGGUGAGUACUGGAGAGAGAUGAGAAAAGUCGCGGUCAUCGAGCUUUUUAGCCUUAAGAAGGUGCAAUCAUUUAGGUAUAUAAGAGAGGAAGAGAUCAAACUAAUGGUGAAGAAACUCUCGGAGUCAUCGGCUUUGACACAAUCUCCUGUGGAUCUAAGCAAAACGUUUUUCUCUCUUACCGCAAGCAUUGUUUGUAGAGUAGCCUUGGGACAAAACUUCCAUGAUUGUGAGUUCAUUGAUCAGGAGAAGAUAAAAGAAAUGGUUACUGAAGCAGCGGAUGCUCUAGGGGAAUUCACUUUCACUGACUUGUUCCCCGGUGGAUUUGGAAGAUCCGUAGAUUGGUUGUUUAGUAAACACAAGAGGUUAAACAAAGUCUUUAAGCAGCUUGAUGCUCUUUAUCAGCAUGUGAUUGAUGAUCACUUAAAAGAAUCUUCUGAACGUAAAAGUUCGGUUCCUCCAACGGAUAUUGUCGCCGUGAUGCUGGAUAUUAUUUACAAGCAAGGAAAGGAUGAUUAUUUCAAGCUCAAUAUCGAUAACGUCAAGGCCGUGCUUAUGGAUGUGUUUCUCGCAGGGAUAGAUACAAGCGCCAUAACGUUGAUCUGGACGAUGACUGAACUCGCUAGAAACCCUAGAGUGAUGAAAAAAGUACAAGAAGAGAUCCGAACAACACUUGGGACCGAAAAGAAGAUAAUUACUGAAGAAGACCUCAACAAAGUUGACUACUUACAGCUCAUAAUCAAAGAAACAUUCAGAUUACACCCACCAGUUCCACUCAUUGUUAGACAAACAAUAUCUCACGUCAAAAUCCAAGGCUAUGAUAUUCCUCCAAAGACAACAGUUCAAAUCAACGUAUUUACCAUUGGACGUGACCCAAAGCGUUGGACCGACCCUGAAGAUUUCAUUCCUGAACGGUUUGCCAAUAGUUCUGUAGACUUCAGAGGACAAAACUACAAUCUAUUACCGUUUGGAUCUGGUCGAAGGAUAUGUCCAGCGAUUCCAAUGUCUAUUGCUGGUAUAGAAUUGGCAUUGUUGAAUUUUCUUUACUUUUUUGAUUGGAGAUUGCCUGAUGGGAUGAAAAUUGGAGAUCUUGAUAUGGAAGAAGCUGGUACUCUCUCGGUAGUCAAGAAACUACCUCUUAUGCUUGUACCGGUUCCACGACAAUGAUGAAAUCAUUUCAAAAGCUUUUAACUUGCUUGUCUUUUCUUUAUGUGUGUAAUGCAAUAAUAAUGUAAUAUUGUUUCGAUAAACAUUUGUGGAUAUCCAGUUAAAAAAUAGUAUAGAUUGUCUCAAUCAAUAAUUGAAUUCUU